ACUACUCGUUUUAAAAAUACCAGGGCUGCUACCACUGCUUGAAAGAUUGAUUGAUGGGCUGAGGCUUUCGGAAAGAAAAGCAACAACCCCGGUUCCUAAUUCCCGAUUCUCGAGCCGUUCUCGACCCGUUGGCGGUCGCGUCAGCUUCCCAGCCUAACCAUUGGACAAGACUAACCACGCGGGCCCCAUUACGUUCGUCAACGCCCUCCAGCCCGCCGGUCUGUCCAUCGGUGUGUGAGUUCCGCCCCCUACCCCCUCCUAGGUCUAGGCCUCCGUGCUGGCCCUGGGACCGGGCGAUCAGUGUCAGGCGCGGCAUUUCCGGUUGCAUGGGAUCGGCCCGGAAGCAGGCGGGUGGCCACGGCACGGGUCAUGAUCAUGGGGCCGCCGGGCUUGGUCCCUCACUAACUAGUCGUUGACCAUCCACCACCGUCUGAGGCCCGGGUCUCCGUCUGCCCAUCCGGCACCCGGUUGAGCCGGCCUGUCCAGCCUGGUUCGCUUCCGUUCUCUUCCAGAUCCCCAAGUCGCGCCGGCGGCUGAGCUCCAUCAGCCCGCUCCCGCCAAGAUUGUUCAUCAUUGCCACUAGCGCCCCUGCCUGUGGGUGGGCGUGAGUCAGGAUGGCGUUGGGCGGCGGGCACCACCACGCCAGCAAGGACUAUGAUCAUCUGUUCAAAUUGCUCAUCAUCGGGGAUUCCGGCGUGGGCAAGAGCUCGUUAUUGGUGCGAUUCGCCGAUAACACGUUUUCGGGCAAUUACAUCACCACCAUCGGGGUGGACUUCAAGAUCCGCACCAUUGAGGUGCGCGGCGAACGGGUCAAGCUGCAAAUUUGGGAUACCGCCGGUCAGGAGCGCUUUCGCACCAUUACGUCCACUUAUUACCGGGGCACGCAUGGCGUUAUCGUGGUCUACGAUGUCACGUCCGGCGAUUCCUUUGCCAAUGUCAAAAGAUGGCUCCACGAGAUCGAUCAAAACUGUGAUGUAGUCAACCGGAUCUUGGUGGGCAAUAAGAACGACGAUCCGGAUCGGAAAGUGGUGCUUACCGAGGAUGCCCGCCGAUUCUCCAACCAGAUGAACAUUCAACUCUUCGAGACCUCGGCCAAGGAGAACCUCAACGUGGAGGAGAUGUUUCGGGCUAUCACCGAGCUCGUCCUCAAGUCCAAACGCAGUCAACAAGACCAACUCAACCAGCCCGCUGAGAGCAUUCGCGUGGGUAGUCGCCGACCCGGACAAAGGCCCGCCAAAAAGUCCGGUUGUUGCAAUAAGUAAACCAACCCAUCCAUGGAAGGCACCGUCGUCGUCGUCAGAUCACUCCCAAUCGCCAGGAGUCGACCUGUCGCCAGUUAUUCCAUACGCACACACACACACACACUUCCAUAAUGUAUAGUCAUCAAUGGACCUGAGAACAAGGGAAUGAGAAGCGAAAAGCACAAACACCCUCAUCUCCCUCACUGUGACCCGUUGUCUGCCCUAUCGGUCUCGUGGUCGCUUUCCUUCAGUGUUUGAGCGCCCAGCCCCCAAGUGUCUCCACCCAUGACAUGGUUGGGUUGAGUAAACGUGAUCGAUCAAAUUCCUCCUCUUCUGCCCGCGAUUUAUCCCCGCAAUUUAUUCCCGCGACCGAACUUUCGCUGUGAGCAUUUAAAACGCGUCGUGUUUCAGACCAAGUCCUGAUGUAGUGAUGUGGUUGUCUGCUGAGACUCGACAAUCACGUGUUCAACAUGGUCCGAUCCGUAACAACAGUGGUACAAGCUACAAUAGUUUGAGCAGCCACGACCCUCAUCUCAUCAUGGAUCCUCAUAUCUGGUCUAAGAGGAGGUUAUAACAAGAUCAAUUACUCCGUUUUGAUUAUUUUUUUAUCUCUACUGCUUCGGCCCACAUCGCGCUUUUCAAUUAUGUUCGGUGCUGCUGCGGAUCGGAUAAUCCAGAUGAUGAUUAUGAUGUUGCAACAUGAUGCGACAAACUCCUCAUAUCAUCACGACAUGGAAAAAUUGCCCAGUGCUCAUGAGUAACAUUGACAUUUAAGAUCAUUCAAGAAAUAAUAAAUCAAUAUGGAUUAAAAAAAA